CGGCCCUGGACGGCCCCAGUUAGCCCAAAGAUUGCCUCAGAGGGCCGCAAGUCGGCCCAAGACAGCCGCAAGAGCGCCCCGUAACUUUUAUUUUGCUCAAGUGCUUGCCGUCCUCUCCGCCACCUGCUACAUUACGACGACCCACUGUACACUCGGCGCAGCCUGGCCAUGGCGCGCGUGCUGGCGGUGGUGCUGAUGGCCCUCGCCUUCGUGCAGGGUGGCGCCCUUGACUCGGAGGAGGAUCGCCCCAAGGGCGCCCGCAGGCGGGCCCGUGAGCGCGCGCUCGCGGCGCAGACCGAGGAGGACGUGGCCAAGACCGGCUGCGCCCAGCUGGGUGGCGACAAGUGGUUCUCGGAUGCGCACGGCGAGCUGUUCCAGGUGAAGCAGGACCACUGCUCGAUCACCUUCGCGCUGAAGACCAAGAGCGGUGCAACUGUCGAGAAGCGCGGCGUGGUCAGGGGCGCCAAGGUGCUGAUGGAGCCGCCCUUCCCCGAGGGCACGGUGGUGGGCGCGAGCGUCAAGUUCGAGAACGGCGCCAAGUGGGAGCGCAAGUGGUGAGCGCCUCGCCGGACUGCCGGGCGGGCCUCCCGUCGAGGCCCAGAGCGGCGCGUCGACAGGCCUGGAGCCUCUCAGAUACCCGCGGGCGACUCGUCGAACCAACAAGAAAGACGGCCCCUGAGAGCGCCCAAGCUACCGCCAC